AGUCAGUCGGUUUUUUUUUUUGCGCGAAGCUGCAGAUGUUGGCGGCCCGAGUUGCGAGCACACCGACCACAGAGCCGAGGCGAGGAGCAGCGAGCAGCGCGUCGACUGGAGCAGCGAAGCACUUGACGUGGCAUUAAAAACAACAUUUCUGCAGAAAUGGAAAGCUGUGGAGACAUCCAAGUGAAGGAACUGAACAGGCGUAGUUCAGGUCAGGCAUUUGAGGUCAUCCUGAGCCCCUCAAGCAAAGAUGCCAAUAGGGAAUUUCCACUGUCCCCUCUUAAGAAGAAGGGAACAUCACUGGAUGAGAUCAAGAGGAAACUGGAUGCUGCUGAGGAGAGACGCAAGAGCCACGAGGCUGAAGUGCUGAAACACUUGGCCGAGCAACGAGAUCACAGCAAGGAAGUCAGCCAGAAGGCCUUCGAGGAAAACUGCAACUUCCGCAAUACGGUGCGAGAGAAACUCAAUCAGAAGAUGUUGGCAAACAUGGAGAAUCGCUCAGCACAGAUGGCAGCUCUCAACGAGAAGUUCAAGGAGAAGGACAAGAAGCUUGAAGAAGUGAGGAAGAACAAGGAGGCGAUGAAAGAAAACUAAUUUGUUUUAUGAUCUGGAAACUGUUUCCAAUCUCCAAAAAAAAGCUAUAUUUUUUUAACUGACAUUUAGUAGUAAACUACUUUAGUAGUUCUGAUUUUUUUUCUGAAGUAGUUGGUCAUAGUGGUUAGAUUUUGUGUGGAUAGAGUCAGAUUUUCCUCUACUUGUAGAUUUCUCUUUGGCAGCUGAGUACACAUUAUUUUGUAGUACAAACUAUAUUUUUCCAUGAGCAGGCAUUUCAUUGUAAUAAAUUGGCCCUUAUGCUUCAUACUGUUACAGUGUGUUAUAAAUGUAUCGUCAAAUCAACUGUUCUGAACUGUUGAUAAAGUGUUAAGUUUGAAAAUACUAUACACUGCCAAGGUUGUACCAUUAAAGUUUGUUUCUGUCCUGGA